AUGGGUGCUGGAGUGCCACGUGGUAUACAGUCGACUGGGCCUUUUUACACAUAUGAUGGACAAACCGCAUUGCACCCGCACCCUUCAAUGGCCACCGGCGCCUCAUCGCCGUGGAUGAUGAAUCAACAACAACAACAACAACAACAACAACAGGGUCUCUUCUCACAAGGCUCAUGGCCGCGAUGGGCGAAUGCCAAUCAAUUUAGACAACAGUUCCAACACUAUCCAUAUCCAUAUCCACAGCAAUCCUACACAGCCUCCACUAUGGGAACACCACCACCAACAACAACAACACCAAGAGCCGCAACGGCCCCAGCACAAAGAGAAAUACGGCAUUCUUCUUCAACUCUAUACACAGAACCACGAGCCGUGACUCCAACAAGAGGUGUUGGGGCAAAUAGUCCUGUUCCCACUAUGGCACAUCAAACUUCUCAUAGAAGAAGAAGAAGAGGAAAGAAGGAUGGAAAACGAUCGCAUAGGUACUCUUCAUCCUUAUCUUCAACUUCGACGGUAAUUUCUUCCUCUUUAUCUGCGUCUUCCACGCGUAAACACUCACAUCAUUCUCGUAGACAUGCACAUCAUCGUAGAAAGGGAUCUCGUGGAGACAAAAAUGCAAAUUUUCGAGAUGAUCCUGAAAGAAAAAAGAGAAGUAAAAGUGGUAAAAGAGGUAGUGGGAGAAAAAGUAUUGGUACUGGUACUAAUACGAGUAAUAUGAGUAGCCUUAGUAGUAGUACACUUAUGAGCAGCAGACUCAGUAGUGUUAGUGGAAGUGGAAGUGGAGGUGGUGGUAAACGAAGAAGAAAAUAUCAUGGACACCGCCAUCAUCGACAUCACAGAGAAAAAAAGACAAAUACACAACUUCCCACAACAGGCAUUACAGGAAUAAUGAACACAGUAGUUUCUCCUUCUAUUACUCCUUCUUCUUCUUCUGUUCCUCCUCCUCUUGUUCCUUCUAUUACGAUUCCUGUGGCACCACCUGUAGUGAUUUCUCCCACAGUUCCUCUGCCUGACAAUGGGGAUCGACAGAAACGUGAAAGUCAACAACGUAAUUCGCAGAGAAGAGACGGACAAUAUCAUCGUGGGGAUCAUACAAAUAUGAAAAAUAAAGAAUCAGGAGAUAGAAAUCGAACGAGCGAAAGAAAACAUGGAGAUAGAUCCUCUAGAAGGAAUGGAGCUUCUCCAUCAUCAUUAUCAUCAUCCUUAUCAUCAUCAAGUACAACGUAUUCAUCAGCAAAGUAUCCGAUACCCAUAGAUAAAGGAUUGUCAUCAAAGAAUACUUCCCGUCCUGCUUUAUUAUACAAUGCAGAGGAGUUUGCUGACAAGAAGAACAGGAAGAAGUUUACUCAACAAUUACAAGAUGAACAAAGGGAAAAGGAGGAAAAAAGGUCUAAAAGACAUAAUGGUACUGUAGAUAGUGAUCAACAGAGAGAAGGAUCAUACCAUCAUCAUCAUCAUCAUCGUCGACACUAUCACCAUAGUCAUUCCAAUUCCAUGCGGUCCCAUUCACCCCAAUAUAAUCAUCAUACUCAUCAUCAUCAUAGUAAUCACAAUAGUAAUGAUAACCAUCACACUCGUGAGAACAGAGAGAAUGAGUCACGUCAUGCACGGCGAGAGAAACACAAAGUGGAAGAAUCAUACAACAGGAAAGAAGGACAGAGACGCCACCGUAGGCGAUCACCUCCCUCAAGCUGUAGUUCACUCACCGUAAGUGCGAGAGAAAGUGAUGAUGAUUAUCGUCGCCGCGGUGGGAAAGGGAAAUCUUCAUCUAAACAAGAACGGAAAGGACGUUACCCAGGCGGUAAAACGGGAGAGAUUCCAACAGCAACAACAAGAGAAGAAAUAGAGAAGAACGGUGUAAAGGGAAAGAAGUCUCCAAGUAAUCUUUUACUUCGUUUGCUUGGAUUGGAUGUGAAAAACCCAAAAUCAACAGAGAAACCGAAUGAGAUGAAGAGUAGUGAAAAUAAAUGGAGAGAUCAAUCAUCAAAGCGAAAUAUCUCAACAACACAAAUGGUAAAAAACACAAAUCCUCCUCGAGUGACGUCUGCGAAUUCAUAUUUCCCUCACAAUGUCAAUAAAAAAGAUGAUCCAAAUAAGAAACAAUUCUCAUCACUGGGUGCAUUCAUGAGGCGAGCAUCACACCUCUUAUCAGGUGAGAAUGAAUCCCAGCGAAUACAACAUGUUCCCACUCGAGAAUUUCGCAAAUCAAAAGGGAUAGAUACACGUAAUGGUUCUCCUUCUAGUAAAAGAAAUAAUGAUGGAACAAGUCACUCUCGUGAUUGUCACUGCUCUAAUGAUUUGAGUGGAAAUAGAAACAACAAUGUCCGUAGAAGUGAUUCCCAUAGUAGCAGUAGCACCAGCACUAGUGAGAGAAGACACAGAGAAAAAAGAAGCAGAAAUCACACAAGACGUACACAACAUCGCUAA